AUGAGUGCCAGCUUGACCAUUUGCGAGUGGAAGAAAGUCUUCUAUGAGAAGAUGGAGGUGGCAAAGCCAGCAGACAGCUGGGAACUCAUCAUAGACCCCAGCCUCAAGCCCGGUGAGCUGGCCCCUGGCUGGAAGCAGUAUCUGGAACAGCACGCCUCAGGCAGGUUCCACUGCUCCUGGUGCUGGCACACCUGGCAGUCGCCCCACGUGGUCAUCCUCUUCCACAUGCACCUGGACCGCGCCCAGCGGGCGGGCUCGGUGCGCAUGCGCGUCUUCAAGCAGCUGUGCUACGAGUGUGGCACGGCGCGGCUGGACGAGUCGAGCAUGCUGGAGGAGAACAUCGAGGGCCUGGUGGACAACCUCAUCACCAGCCUGCGCGAGCAGUGCUACGGGGAGGAUGGCGGCCAGUACCGCAUCCACGUGGCCGGCCGCCCAGAGGGCGGACAGCAUCGCAGCGAGUUCUGCGAGGCCUGUCAGGAGGGCAUCGUGCACUGGAAGCCCAGCGAGAAGCUGCUGGAGGAGGAGGCCACCACCUACUCGUUCCCGGAUGCCUCCAAGCCGGGGGCCCCAGGGAGCUUGGGCUACAACUUCUCCCUUCGCUGGUGCCUUUUCUGGGGCUCCCUCUUCCUGCUCAUGGUCUACCUGCAGUUCUCCUUCCGCAGCUCUGCCUUUCUUUAA